AUGACGACUCUCGUGGCGACUCAACGGGCGCUAGAACAUCUUAGCAUGAGCAACCAGCAAGAGCGCCGACGGAGCAAGCGUCAAGUCGCCGCGGCUGACUUUGAACGGGACGAUGAUUUCCAGUUUGUGCGAAAGUCGAAAAGGUCCAAGACGGAAGAGUCCUCGGGGAGCAAAACGACAGGCGGGGGCCGGAUAACGGCAGAGCAAGUCGUGAAAGAAUCCACAAGCACAGCAAAUAAGGCCAUUGCUCCAUCAACAUCGGCGACACCGGGUACACGGAGAUCCUCGCGGCGGAGGCAAGCUGACGACGCAUCUCAUCAAGAUGAGCCUCAGACGGACAGGAGACCGACGAGGAGGAGCAUUAGGGUUGCUACAGCUGGGGCGGAUGAUAGCGCUGAGGGCUCGAUAUUACGCGGCACGUCGAAGGCAACGAGCCCGAACAGAGAAAAGGCAUCGAAACCGAGACGAUGGGAGCCUUCGCCAACUCCACGGCGGCCAACCGAGUCCAAGAUUGCGCUUCCCAUGAGUGAUACCCCAAUUAUUAAUCGAAAUAAAGAGAUGCGCAAAAAGGGCGGGAAGGGGAAUAGACGGAGCAGUUUAGGGUCCCGCGGCCGAAGAGCCAGUUCACUGAUAGAGAGCGGGCAAACAGCAACACCGCAUCGCGAUGUGAAUACGGCCGAGUUCUACAAGCAUAUUGAAGCAGAGGGUUUGCUCGAACCGAAAAGGAUGAAGCAGUUGCUGAUGUGGUGCGGCGAGCGUGCCUUGCCGAAAAAGCCGCCUCACGGGACACCGAAUUCAAGCGCUAUCUUAGGUGCCCGAGCGAUUCAAGAACAAAUAUUAAAGGACUUUGCUCAGCGGACCGACUUUUCAAACUGGUUCAGCAGGGACGAAGAUGCGCCAAAAGAAGCGCCUAUCUUGAAACCAAAUCCCCGGAAUAUUGAGCUAGAUGAAAAAUUGACGACGUUGGAGGCGAAAAUAAAAGCAUUACAAGACGAAAAACAAGCCUGGCUGGCAAUAUGCCAACCACCGCCCGACAUCCCCCCGAUAUUCUCCUCUACGGAGGCGCCCAAAAUUGAACUCCCCGACUUCAACCUCCUCGAACCCGAAGAAGUAAAAAUCCGGACGUAUCUCGCCGACGAAAUGAUUCCCUUUGCAGACAUGCGCGCGAAAACAGAAGAGAGAAUACGCAAAAUCCAAGCCUCUCUCGAAUUCGAAGUAGACCAGUUAGCAGACAAUGUGCACAAGUUAGAGCAAAGGGUACUGGUGGCGGGUCGACAGGCGGAUCUGGUCCUUCGUUUGAGCGCGGCACGGCUCAAGGAGCGUGAGCAGCGGGAGAAGAAGAGUGCAGGGACGAGGGAUAUGCCCUUGAUGGAGGUGUUGAGGAGUCUGAGCAACAUUCUACCCGAGGGAGGUUGA